GCUCGGAGGGAGCGCUCAGGGGGGACUGGCGCUUCGCCGCCUGCGGAGAGGCGGCAGUGGCGGAAAGCGCCGCAUGCCGCGGCCGGGCCGCGCUGUGAGAGAAGGGGAUCGCCUUGCCCCAUCCCGCCCGUCCUGUCAGAAUUAGUCCUCCCUUAGAAUGAACGGAGCCGCCGCGGGGCGCAGGCGCGGGCGGCCUGAGCAUGCGCAGUAGGGGCGCGGAUGCCGCUGCCGUCGCCCGGCGGGCGGGGAGGGGGCGAUGGCGGCAGCUGCUGCGGGCUUGGGGAGGCUGGGGCGGCCGACAGUCCUGGCCGUGGCACAAAGAGCGUAGCUGCCCGCUGAAUUCUACCUCCCUCGGCCAUGUGUGGCACAGAGAGGAAAGGAUUGAAGAAAACAUGGCCAAUCAACGGGAUUACAUUAGCAGACCUAUUUGCAAUGGAAUUUCUGUUCCUGAAAAUAAAAUCAAUUCCUUAGUGGCUGAAGGUCAUGGACAACAAAUUCUAAAAGUACUACAAAAAUUCAGAGAACAAAAUAUAUUUUUUGAUUUUAAAAUUCUUGUGAAAGAUGAAAUAAUUCCCUGUCAUCGUUGUGUACUGGCAGCAUGCAGUGAUUUUUUCAGAGCCAUGUUUGAAGUUAAUAUGAAAGAACGGGAUGAUGGCAAUGUUACUAUUAGUAACCUAUCACCCAAGGCAGUGAAAGCUUUUCUUGAUUAUGCUUACACAGGAAAAACAGAGAUAACAGAUGAUAAUGUGGAAAUGCUCUUCCAACUGUCAUCAUUUCUUCAAGUUUCACUCCUUUCCAAAGCUUGCAGUGACUUCCUAAUAAAAAGUAUUGAUCUUGUGAAUUGCUUACAGUUGCUUUCUCUAUCAGAAAGUUAUGGGUCUGUCCGCUUGUUUGACCAUGCACUAGAUUUUGUACAACACCACUUUUCAUUGCUGCUCAGAUCGAGUGAUUUCUUGGAGAUGAAUUUUGAGAUAUUACAAAAAUGUCUCGAGGCUGAUGAACUAGAUGUCCCUGAGGAAGAAUCAGUGUUGAAAGCUGUCCUCCAGUGGACCAAACACAACCUAGAAACACGGCAGAAAUACCUACCUAAUUUGAUUCAAAAAGUGAGAUUACACCAGUUACCUGAAAAGACUUUGCAGGACUUUCUGCAUUCCGAAGAACACUUACUUAAGAGUGCUAAUUGCUCAGUAAUAAUCAAUGAUGCAGUUAAAAGUGUGCAGAACUUCAGUGGAUUGUUUCCAGAUGCACGUCCUUCAACAACAGAAAAAUACAUUUUCGUUCAUAAAACUGAUGAAGAUGGAGAAAACAGACAUACAUUCUGCUACAACAUCAAAACAGAUAAAUGGAAAGAACUACCACAUACGCACAUGAUUGAUCUGCCAGGGUCAAGUUUGUCUAGCUAUGGAGAAAAAAUAUUUAUAACUGGAGGAUGCAAGGGGAAUUGUUAUAGGACUGUCAGGCUUCAUAUUGCUGAACCUUUUCAUGAUGCCACUGACCAAACCUGGUGCUACUGUCCAGUCAGCAAUGAAUUCUCCAUAGUGUCAGCAAUGAAAAAACCGAGGACAAUGCACACAUCUGUUGUAACCUUAAAUCAGCUCUUUGUAAUAGGUGGAAAGACCAGAGGAGCUCAAGAAACUCGAAGUCUUUUGGAUGUAGAAUCCUAUAAUCCUCUUUCCAAAGACUGGAAAUCUGUAAGCCAGUUACCAAGAGGUAUCUACUAUCCAGAAGCAAGUGCAUGCCAGAAUAUAAUUUAUGUCCUUGGCUCAGAAGUAGAGAUUACUGAUGCCUUUAAUCCAUCUCUUGACUGUUUCUUUAAGUAUAACGCUAUGACUGAUCAGUGGUCUGAGCUUGUAGCAGAAUUUGGGCAGUUUUUCCAUGCAACUCUAAUCAAAGCUGUUCCAGUGAACUGUACAUUGUACAUAUGCGAUCUCUCCACUUACAAGGUCUACAGUUUUUGCCCAGAAACCUGUGUUUGGAAAGGGGAAGGAUCUUUUGAAUGCGCUGGCUUUAAUGCAGGGGCAGUUGGGACAGAAGACAAAAUUUAUAUACUAGGUGGUGAUUAUGCUCCAGAAGAAAUCACAGAUGAAGUUCAAGUCUACCACAGUAGUAGGUCUGAGUGGGAAGAAGUCUCACCAAUGCCAAGAGCCUUAACUGAGUUUUACUGUCAGGUCAUUCAGUUUAAUAAAUACAGGGACCCCUGGUCACCCGUACUGACGAUUUGCUCUGGAGAAUUUUGAAACUCCCAAGCCAAAAGAGUCUAUUUAAAUGCACAAGUUGUAGAACAGCUUUUACGUAUUAGUUUACAGAUGGAGAAAUAUGUACUCGUUUGUUUAAAUUUUCAGUUUAAAUUAAAUGCUGUAGGAUUGCUUUUGGAAAAGUCCAUUAAAAUGUCAUUCAUGCUAGUCGUUAUAAAGACAGUAUUACUUAAUUUUAUAUACAAUUCUUCUCUGUAAUUAUCAGAAUAGUUUUCAAAAUUAUAUUAAUUUUCCAAAAAGAGUAUUCAUGAGGAAUUAAUUGUGUAAUAUGUGCCAUUAUUUCUGUAAUAUUCAGUUGUCCGAAGAGAUAAAUUGCUAAAUGAGAAAACUGACUGUGAUACUGUUUUCCCUACGUAACUGAAGUUUAAAAGGCAUUUUCAUUAAUGUUAUUUAGAUUUUCUGUGUUCAUAAUCCUGUAAGAGGAAUUAAUUGUCAGCUUUAUCUUAUCACAAUGACCUUAGCAAGGACAAGAGCCAAAGUGACCUUCACAGUAUUAAAACCAGGUAUCUAACUUGAAGAGACUGGUAAUUCCUGUCAUCUUACUUCAGCUCUUCAGUUUUACCAGUUUUUCUCCAUCCUUGUGCCUUAGUAGUAGCUUUAUUUUCUGUUUCCAUUCCAUUAACUGCAGCAAAGUAAACUUCAAUAACAUACUGCAGUGUAGGUUUCUACAGGAUUGAUGAUUCAUGUGGUAUCUUGCUUCAGUCAUGUUGCUAGCUAAACAAAAAACACUUCAGGAUGUUUUCUAACAGAAGUCUUCCAUCUCUGAAGUCUUCAGUGCUACCUACUAAGCAGUUACUAGGCUGCUUAUAGCAGCAAGCCGUAAAACGAAUCGUAGCUGUUGCUUUAGUUAACUAUGGGAAAAGUUUGUAUCUUGUCAUACAUCAAAUACUAAGUUACAAAACUGCACUCCCAUAUUGAAAGUCGAUGGUAAAUAGUACUUCUAAGGUGAGAAAUCAUCUCUAGUGGCUUAAAUUAAUUAAUACACUUUAUCUUGACCUUCAUGGCAAUUUUAGAUGUUAAAAUAUUAUACAGUAAACACUACAUAAUAUAUUGCUUGAUAAACUUCAAGUAGUCAGCUGUUAUAAUGUUAAAAUUGCAAUGGACUUUUAGUGCUAAUAUUAGACUAGCCAUACAUUGUGAAGUAAAUUUGAUCUCACGCUUACAAAGUCAGUCUCUUUCUGACAGGAGGACACUGAAAUUAGAUAGAUUUCAUAAAAUAAUUUGUAAUCUUCCACAGCCUGAGAAUUUCUUUUCUUACCAGGUAUCCACAUAAGACACUGAGAGCCCUUAUGUUCCAGAUAAGUAUUGUGAAAGCAGUAAGAUUGUCUUACAGAAUAAUGAUUCCAAACAUUUAAUCACAUCUUUCCAAACAGUUUAAAACAUGGAUAAAAUUUAGUGAGGCAUCAGAGACAUCUUUUAUAUGUCUUGAGACAACGGUGGUAAGUUCAUUAUCAUAUCACUACUGCAUGUACUUUUUGCAAAACUCAAGCUGAAUAUUAAUGCUUAAAGCUUAAUGCUGCCUAGAACAUGCUUCAGUUUUAAACAGUAAACAAAGGAAAGUUCCAAUUCUGUGAUUGACUCUGUAAUUUGUUAUCAGAUACCUUUACAAAUUUAGCUAACAUUCAUCAUAACGAUUUUCAUAAGUAUGUAGAAGAAAAUCAUGUAUAUUUGAAGAACAUGUUAAUAAAACAGGACCCUUCCACUCAGUAAUUUCUGUAUAUUAAUAUGUGUGUCAGUUCUGUAGAAGUAAGUAGCUUGCUACAGUAUUUCAGGCAACUUCUACAUUUUUUAUUUUGGUUUUUUUUUUCAUAAGUCUCCAAAUUAUACUUUAAAUGUAGCUAGGUAACCUUUACAAUCACCUUACAGAAAUACAAGUAUUUUUAUAUUGAGACACAACUCCUUUUUGUUAGUGCAAAGCAAAUGUAUUGAGUAGAGAGAGGAAGAAUACUAUUCCUACUUACUGAAACAAUGGGAAAAAACCAAACACAUAGGAAAGUGGUAGUUUUAGUUUUAAUGAAGCUACUCAGGGUAGUAUAGAGACUCCAUUAACCAUUAAUUAUUGCAACUUGUCGCAUCAUUGGAAUACAAGGUCCAAUUCACCUUUGCUUGUGUAUUUGUGUUGUGUUUAUACUUAAGUAAUAUGAGUAUACAAUUUAUGCAUUGAGAAAAGUAACAUUUUAUGCCCAUAGUACAUGGGUAUAAAUAGCUAUGCAAAUUGGAAGACUGAAGAAUUGCAAGGGUGUUUUAAUUGCCAUUGUCCUGACCAAAUUGCUGGAUCACAUAAACAGCAAGCGAGUCAUUCCGGUGAUGCUCUUUCCCCUAAAUUUUUCCCUUCAGCAGAUCUUGUUGGCAGUCUUCCACCAAGCUACUUGCUAUAGGACUCUGGCAUCUGACAUCAGACAGAGCAAUGACGUAUGUGAGAAAUUCCUCAGUACAGACAGUGAAAACUAUUCAAUGAAGCUGAAUUGGGAAAACAGCCAUGCUUCUUUAAUAUUCUACACUACACUUGUGCAGGAACUAAUGUCACUUCCCAGUCUGACAAAUCAUUCAUGGAUUUCACAGGGACAUGAGCUCCUACUCAGUGAUCAGGAAAUAAUGCAGUAAUGUCAGUUACUUUUGAGCAUUUCUUACAAAAAAGUUACUAUGAAAUGGUACUGAUUUUCUGCAGUUAGGCAGGUAAACCUGUACUAUAGCUCUCACAGAAGGAAAAAGGAUAAUUUGCCACAUUUCCACAUACUAAGUAUUAAAUCUGGUGCAGAACUGAAUGCAGAAGAAGCAGAAGUGUUAGAAAGUCAUGGUUAAAAACAAGGCUUUAUGAUAAAAGUAAGGACCUAUGUUCCAAACCCUGUGAUUAAUUGCUAAAGAUGUAAGAAAUCUCCGUGAACUAACUACACAAAAGAAUCUGAAUUACUUGCAUGAGUAACUGUUGCACUUUGGAUCAAAUAGAUUUUUCAGUCUACAGAGCAUUUAUGCAAUUAAAAACAAAAGUCACAAAAUUAAUGCAAAGUGAGUUUUUUAAUGUCUUUUAUGACUUUUCACAGCUCUUUGAAUCAAAGCUUUAUGAAGAAAUACCUUCCUCUAAAAACAGUCAGUAACUACAUACUGAUUAUGUAUGUUCUCACUGAAACCGAGUGAUGUUUAAACAUACAAAAUGCAUGUAAAAUUAUAAUCUACUAUUUGCACUUAAAUGAUGUAACCAAAACAUUUCUAAUAGUAUUCUAUUUUAUGUCACAGAAUACAUUAUAAGCAUGACCAGUAGAAUAUACACAAAAAUAAUAUAUCUUGUAUGUGGGAUUUUAAUAUCCAGUGAUGAUUAUAUUGGAUAAUGUUCAUUUUUAAAGAAUGCUAUCAAAACAUUAUGGCACUUUGGUAAUGUUAUCAUACUAAUUUAGUCGUUAUAAUGAAUAUCAAUUAUUCAGGUGUUUUAUUGAUUAUGUUUCCACAGACCUGGUUAUUAUUUAAGGACUAAUUAAUUUGUUUUCUAUAUUCUAAAUACAUUUGUAGUCAGUCAGUUUAUUGCUGUUCAAAAUUCAUUAUAUUCACAAAAUGGAGUAGAUUUUCUGGUCAGAUUUAUUUAUAGUAUUACUGUGUGAAGAAAACUGUUUACCCCUCUGGUUAGUAUAGGGUAGUAGGUAAGGUAUAAGCUAUAGAAUGUGCUGACUGCAGUUCCUAAGGUGGAGAUUAAUUUUAGGUGUUUCUGUUUGUAGGUGACCAACAGGAGGCAGCAUAAGAUCUGUUUUAAUCAAACAGGCUGAAAACAGGGAUGUAUUUGGCAAUAUUUAUAGCUGAACAUUAUGCUCAAUUUACUUUUUUUCCUUCUAACACCCAGUAAAGCACAGAGAACAGUAACAUUUCGCUGCUGCCUGGGCUCUGCUGAUAUGUGGAAAGUACGAAAGUACACAUUUGCUGAGAUGUUCAUUCUUUUGUGAAAUAAAGCACUGAGCAACUGAAUCCUUCUCCAGUCUCUUUUCUUUUUUUUCUUCUUUUCUUCUUCUCUUCUUUUUCUUUUCCCAGUGAGUUUCAAACUGAUGAGAAUCUGCAGUGUUUCUAAUGCAGGUAAUCUCUUUGGGGGAUUGUUUGUUGGUUUUUUUUUCUCAGUUGGAUAACAUUUUGAAUGCUAUAACCGAGAAUGCUGUUAGCAUGGAUGAAAACUGCAGUGAGGGCAGUUUAUAAUUAUCCUUGGGCCUUGUAUUUGUAUAUCCUUCGCAUACUGAGUUACUGUUCCCAUGCUAAUUUUAAUUGUCUGCUUAAAAGUUCUUAAGUUUACCACUGUAAGGUACUCAUUUAAAUGGGUAUCAUUUUUUAAAAUUAGAUCAGCUCAAUAUACAGGUUUUUUUAACAGUUUAAGUAUUGCAAAUGAUUGGUUGUUUAUUUUUACUGAAAGGUACCUUCCAUACUAGCAGAAGUAGCUUUAAAUAAAAGGAGAUAAAAGCUACCUAGUCUACAAUUUGCAUGCCAAGGCUUGCAGAAAUGGCAUCAACACAAAGUGAGAGAGUACAGUGUUGUCUUGUAUUCUUCCAAAACUUUAAAUUCCGUAACCCCAGGAUGCCUCUAUAGAUAAAUUAGAGUUAUGCAAUGCAAAUUAACCUUCCAACACUCUCAAGGCCUUUGCCCCAAAAGCCUUUCAGCUAGCAAAACCCUUUUGGAGACACGUA